UGCCUGGGCCGCUUAAAGUCCGGCCUGGGUCUGCUCCGGCUCGACUUGCAGGAGGGGGGGCGCUCCGGCCGGGGCGGAACUCAGGCAAGCCCUGCCCGCCGCAGCUCGCCGGGCCUCCCCACCCGGGCCAAGAACACCCGACGGGAGCCAAUGAGCGGCCAAAGCCGCGCCGGCACCUCCGACGCCAGCCCGGAGAUUGGCGUGGGAGACACGUCAAGUUGAGCCGGGCCGGAGCUGCGGGUUCAGUGGCCCCCUCUCGACGUCGGAUGCGGAGCAGCGCAGCUCGGAGGGCGGCGUGUGGGCUGCCCCGGCCUCCGCUCCAGCUUGGCCGGGGGCGCGGGCGUGGAGAGGGGCCCCGCGAGGCUGGCGCUCGAUGCACCCGCUUCCCGGCGCCGGGACGGACAGGCAGAGGCCGCGGAUCGACGGGCGCCUCUCCUAGCGGGCCAUGGCAAACGUACGGCGAAGUGAACCAGCUGGGCGGCGUCUUUGUCAACGGGAGGCCGCUGCCCAACGCCAUUCGCUUGCGGAUCGUGGAGCUGGCGCAGCUGGGCAUCCGGCCGUGCGACAUCAGCCGGCAGUUGCGCGUCUCGCACGGCUGCGUGAGCAAGAUCCUGGCGCGCUACAACGAGACCGGCUCCAUCCUCCCCGGCGCCAUCGGCGGGAGCAAGCCCAGGGUCACCACGCCCAACGUCGUGAAGCACAUCCGAGACUACAAGCAGGGCGACCCGGGCAUCUUCGCGUGGGAGAUCCGCGACCGGCUGCUGGCGGACGGCGUCUGCGACAAGUACAACGUGCCUUCGGUGAGCUCCAUCAGCAGGAUCCUGAGGAACAAGAUCGGCAACCUUUCGCAGCCCGGAGGAGCCUACGACGCCGGCAGUGGCGGCUGCAAGCAACCUGCCCCGCAGCCCACCCUGCCCUACAACCACAUCUAUCAGUAUCCUUACCCCGGCGCUGCGCCAUCCGCCGGCACCAAGAUGGGCAGCCACCCCGGAGCGCCCGUCUCCGCCGCCCACGUCAGCCUCCCGCGCUCCUGGCCGUCGGCUCACUCGGUCAGCAACAUCCUGGGCAUCCGCACCUUCAUGGAGCAGAGCGGCGCUCUGGCUGGGACAGAUGGCUCUGCCUACCCUCCCAAACUAGAAGACUGGCCCAGUGUGAACAGGACCACCUUCCCUGCUGCCGGACAAGGUGUCGGCGCGCUUGACAAAUCAGCAGCGGAAGCAGACAUUAAAUACCCCCAGCCGCCUCCCGGGCUCUCAGCUGUCAGUACCUUCCUGUCCCCUUGCGCCUACCCGUCUUCAAACCAAGCAGUCUACGGCGGGCCGGGAGGAAGCUACCUAAGUCCGGCGCAUCAUCACUGGCAGACGCCAGGCAACCCCUUGGCUCAUCACCACGGGCCCGGCGUGGCCAUAUACGGGGGAGACCCGGCUCCCACAGCGGCCUUCAAGCAGCCCACCCGAGAAGCUGUGGACAGAAAACAAGCCUCCAGCCCUGGGGGCAAAACCCCAGCAGACUCCCUGGCAGCCUCCAUCCACGGACUUUCUGCCCCAGCCUCCUCAUCCUAGAGGGAGAAAGAGGCGGGAAAUGGCGUCUGAGGCGAAGGCAGCUUGGAGGGGGCAAAGAGCCUGAGCAACUCUUCCCCACCCCCCUGCAAAGCGAGGUUUGAGGAGAGGAGAAGCUGUGGCCGUUGACAAGGCUGCUGCAGCAGUGGUGGGGGCCCCAACCUGACUGGAUCGCAGACCAGAGCU